AUGUACGGGAGCACGAGAGAUGAAGGGAGUAUUGGGCGCAAACGAGAGACUGGAAUGGAGAAACGCACACUGGUCAAGGCCGUGGAUGUGGGCCAACAGCGAACAGCGGGUGGCGCGAACGCUGCAGUCCAAAUGCCGGUCGGUCCCAACGGUGCUGUGCUUCUCCAACACUAUGCUUCAACUGAGGACAAAGCAGAGGACAGGACUCUCGUUCCACGACAGGACGCGAUAUCGAUGUUAUAUUAUAUGAUGCGCUGCGCUGCACUUUGCAAUCGUGUCUUGACCUCUACGGUUUCUGGCGAUCCAGUGAGCAACCGUGAUAGGUCUGAUGAAGAGGUUGAUGAUCCUCAAGGUGAUCGAGACCAUGUGAUGGAAUGGAGACAAAAGGACAACCGACUGAGACCCUGCGUGCCUUGUUGCGUUGCAAGCGUACAGCACCGUACAGUAUCCAGGAAGAUCUCGGUAUGGUUGACCUAG